AUGCCUAACGCGACUCUCCUAGAUAUUGGUGUAAAGGCGUAUGAACACCAGGCGGAGGUAGAUGAAGUACGACAGCGAUUAAACAUCAAACAUCAUUACUUUGACUGUUGGAUUUAUGGAUUCUUGGAAAAUAAAAACUAUGAUGUGGAGGAGACGGUAAAAAAGUUAGAGCGACGUCUUGCUUUUGAGAAAGAACAACUUGCCAAUCAUACAGUAACUGAUUGGAUGAUGGAGAGUAUGCAAAAAGGCAUUAUGCAAAUUAUUGGACAUGAUAGGGAAGGACGUGUGGUAUUUUACGUUGUUACCGCACGGGAUAAACCCACAGCGGCACGACGUGAAGAAAGUAGAAUGAACUUUGAUAUGAUGGUGAGCUAUGGAACUCGACUGCGUGAGGAUAAUAAACGUUGUCAAAUGGUGAUGCUUAUUAAUCAAGAAAAGGCAAGUGUGUGGAGUAAUGUGGAUAUGACCUUUCAAGCGGAUAUUGCCCUUCGUAUCGCCAAGUUUUAUCCUGGAGCUGUGGAUAAAAUGUAUAUUUGUAAUAUGAAUCGUACACUUGCGGCAAUGGCAAAACCUAUAUUUUCACGUCUUCCUGCAAUUGUAUCGGAACGUAUUAUUAUUAUUUCUGAGAGUGAUAAGAACUCUGGAAAGUUAUUUGAAUACUUUGACCCUAGUGUUGUUCCUGUAGCACUUGGUGGAACGAACGGAUGUGAUCAACAAAAUAAUUACACUCAGUUCUCUGUAACGAUUAAGGAACAUUUUGAACAACUCAAACAUGCCGUAAAGCAUCGUGGUCUUUCUGUGAAGGAAUGGGAACUGGAAACACUAUUCCCACAUGGUCUCCCAGAGGAGAGAGAUAGUAGUGCGGAUUGUAUAGGAACAUUAAGAAGUUUGAGAUCACCUUCUGCACUUGUUCCUGCUGCCAGUGCGGCUCCUAUGGAUGAUGGUAAAGGGGCUAGUGUUAAUAUGGAUCCAAUGUGGAGUGAAACUUCACGUAACUCCGAUGGUGCUGUGAAUGUAGAUUCCGUUGAUCUUCUUACAUGUGAUACCGUAGAUGCCCCUUAUGUGGCUUCCAAAUCUAGGGAGAGGUUAAGGAGUAAUACGAUGGCAAUUUUUUCCGCAGCUGCGGCUUCAUCAUUUGAUGGAAGAAAUAUUAUGGAAGAUUUUGUAGAUCAUUUUUUCUUAUUAGAAUCUUUUUUUCGUAAAAGUAUUGAAGAAGCCUCGCAGCGUGAAUGGCUUUCUUUUUUACAACGUGAAGCUCGAGCCAGACAUGUUAUUCACGAAGCUGAGCAAAAUAUGGAUAAGAAUAAAUUUAUUUUUGGUUUUUUACCUUCUUCUUUACAAAUUAUUGCAAGAGGCUUUUUAUGGAUGGUACUUAUGGUGAUGGCUUUUUAUUUUUUUAUUGCCACUCUAUUUUGUGCUGUUUUUUGUUGUUGUCUUAUGGUUGGAUUCUUUUUCUCCAUGCUGUCGCAUCCCCAGAAUGUAUUUGCAUACGGCUGUCCACUUGUAGUGACAAGUUGCCAAGCUUCUAUGUUGUGUUCCCGUGGAUUUGAACUCACGCGUCGUACUUAUAAUGGGAAGUUAAUUGAUGCUUUUUCAGCAUUUGGAUUUAGAGCUUUACUCAUACAGGCAUUGGUUUACGUUGCGGCUGUUUUCUCUUUCUUUGUUGUUUUUUGUGUGAUGGCAACGAAAUAUGAUGUGUAUACUGGAAUUCGGUACACUCUGGCAACCGGGUGGAUUGUUUCUGUGUUUAUUAUCUUAUUAUAUCACUUUCUCUACGCCUUUGGUAUUGCAAACUUUUUUGGUAAUGAGAAAAGUAAUCGUCGUAGUUCACUCACAGUGGCGACACUUUACUUUUUUCUUGAUAUUGAUAUGGAUAACAAUGAUACGUCGCUGCGUAGAGUAGCCUUGUCGGAAUUAACCCUAACAUCUUCAACCGUCUUAGCUGCCUUUGCUCUGGGAAUAGCCUACUUAUUAAAUAAUACCUACGCAUUUCUGGCUGCUAGUGUUAUUUUAUCUUUUAUCUCUCUUUUCCUGUUGGUGAUGUUUAUUAACUUUGGUCACAGUCCAUCUACAGGUGGUCUUAUGAUUUCUGCUGUACUCUACAGCUGUCUAACGUGGUUAACCAUUAUCUUUACAAAUGGAGCCCACGGCUGGAAAGGGGAUUGGGGUAUUUCCAUAACUGUACUGCUUUGUAUUGCAUUCAUCACAGAUGUUAUUGUCUUAUUAUAUGUAUGGAUACCGCUGCGUAAUACAAUGGCACGACGUUGGAUAUUUCGCAUAGCCUGGUUGUGGAUUAUCGUACAGCUUCUUUCUACAGUUAUUUUAGCUUUUGUACAUAAUUAUCGUCUUGGGUUGUUUACGCUUUUCUUAGGAAUUCAUCUCCUUUUUUAUGGGUUUUGUGUGAAUGAAGGAUCUUCUGUGUAUGGAGUAUCCGCUAUUGUGAUUGGUUUUUGCAUUGUAUUACUCUUCUGUGUUCUUCAAGGUGGGUUUACAUCUCACGCUGUCUACAGUGAACCAGCGAGUAUAUCAUUGUUACCUAACUAUACCACCACCACAAUAACUUCAACAACAAUAAUGAGAACAACUGUGGUAAAUGCAAUAAGUAAUAUUCCAUCUAAUUCUGUAAUUCCAGUUCCACCAGUAUGUUUGGCACGUUAUUCGAAUGAGAUAGAUAUUGUGGGUAUGUCUCUUCUAGCCAAAUUAUCGGAUGCGAUUUCAUUAGAUACAACAUUAGUAGAUCUUCACAAAUGGUUUCCAUUAUUUACCUAUGUUAGAAAUUUUACCUUUUCAUCCCCAUCUUUUCUACAGUCGAAAGUUUUUUCUUACACUGGAACGGAUUACAAUACAACAGUCAUUACGGUUGGUAGUACAUCUGAAGUAAUUGCAGUUAUGGAAUCCACGGUAGUAUGGGUUAAUCUUUUAAUGGUCUCAUUGUUUUCCUUUUUUACUCCACCUUCAUGGUUUACAUGGAUUGCCAUGCAUCUCAUCUCUCCAUAUGGACUUUCAUCACUAUUGUGGUCUUCAUCAUUACAAGAGGCUCAAGAAGAUAUUAACACUUAUAUCAAUACUAUUAUUAAUAAUGAAAAUAAUAAUAGUGUAUAUUUGGUUGGUCAUAGCCUUCCUGGUGCAGCUGCAUUGUAUUUGGCUGCAACCUCACCUUAUAAAGUGUAUGGAAUUGGAUUUGUAGCACCUGUAGAGGCUAUUGCUUGGAGUAGUCAUCAGAAACUUUCAAACACUAUACUCUCAAACCGGGUUUUUUCUGUUGUACCAUCCUCUUCAGCGUUAAUAUUACGAUGGCCGUGGGGUGCUGUAACAGAAACAGUACCUUGUGAAGAUACACCUCAUAUUUGUGAUAGAAUAGACACCGUUGCGGAGUUGCUUUAUCAACUUUGCAAUAGUGGAAAAGAAACUAUUAUGUAG